UAGAAAGAAAGAUGGGAAGAUCUAAUAAUAAUAAUAGUAAGAAGGGGAAUUAUUGUUUCAAAAUAAUUGCUUGUGGCGGCGGCAGUAGUAAAUCUGAAUCUUCAUCUGCUGCUAUUGAUACACAUGACCUUCUUCAUACUUCUCAGAACAAAGGAUCAGAUAAAAAAGGAUGGAGUUUUCGUAAAAAGGAUCGUGUACUAAGCAACACUGUUAUAACUGAGUUCCCUGCUUCUGAGAAUAAGGUCUCUGAACCUGUUAUAAUCCAUUCUGAAACACCCGUUGUUUCUGAAAAAGCUGCUGCGGCAGAUCCAUGGACAGAGGAAUUGCCGCGGGGAUCAACUUCGACCGCCAAGGGUAGUGCAGUGUCUAAGGAGAAAGCCACCGAUGACCAUGAUAUUCCUUCUGAUUCCACCAUUGAUGAAGCAGUUGUCAUUGUAAUCCAGGCUGCUGUUAGGAAAUUCUUGGCUCAGAGAGAACUACUGAGGCAUAAGAAUGUCGUGAAGUUGCAAGCUGCUGUACGAGGCCAUUUAGUUCGUUGCCGUGCUGCUGGAACUCUGCGUUGCAUUCAAUCGAUUGUCAAGAUGCAAAUUCUUGUUCGUGCUCGCAUUGCUAAGCCUUCUGUUGCGAAAAAGGGCAUUCAAGAUUCUAGGUACAAGCCACAACCAACGUAUAUCUCCAUUGAGAAGCUACUCAGUAACAGAUUUGCUAUUCAGGUACUGAAUUCUACACCACGGACCAAACAAAUCAACAUUAAAUGUGAUACAUCAAAGGAUGAUCCAUCUUGGAAAUGGAUGGAACGUUGGAUGUCUAUCUCAUCUCCUGAAGUUAUGGAGUCACACACAUCUAAACACGAGCAUGACAAGGUUGAUGAUAACAAAAGCAAAGAUGGGAAUGUAAAUGUUGAGCACAAGUCUGAUCUGGAAAUUGAGCCUACUUUACUUCCCAAAAACCCUGCAGUGGAGGUUGAACAACCCAAACGUCUUUCCAAAAGGAUGGCCACUGAACAAGCAGAUUCCGAGGGAAGGAAGUCUGUGUUUGGAUCAAGAAAGGCAAGUAAUCCAUCAUUCCUUGCUGCCCAUUCAAGAUUUGAGGGAUUGACCUCCAAAACCAAUUCAUUGACUUCAGUUAGUUCUUCCAAUCAAGAAAAUGCGUUGGAUUCACCUGUACAUAAAAGUGUCAAGGUUGAAUCGGCAAAAUCUUAUGGUUAUGAAAGCUUGAGAGUGGGUCGUAGUCAUACUGGUGGUUCAGAAUGUGGAACUGAACUUUCUAUCACAUCCUUGCUUGACUCACCAGAUCCAUCAGAGGCUGGAAACACUGAGAAUGUCAAAGAUUCAAAAGUUUUAGAUAAAGCAGUGAAUUAUGAAGAACAUGAUCUUCUAGGUACUGAGUUGACUCACUCUUUUUUGGAUCUUUCUGAAAAUUACGAUGGUAACUGUUUGCCCAGCAGUGAACCAUCAAAACCUGAAGAUAACGCCGAUAUAUUAUCACAAUUGAACCAAAAUGGAUCUCCAAGAAGUCAUAUAACAGCCUCUGAAUUGCAAAGAACACCUUCCAGCCAGCUGUCAGUUAAGAGUAAGACUAGAACUGAUAAAAAGGCAUCUGGUCAAAAACCAAAGUCAUGGUCAAAUAGUCAAAAGUCUCCUGUAAGCUUUGACCAUUUACCUAGAGAGACUAAACAUGGUAAACGAAGGAACUCUUUUGGGUCACAAACAUCCGAUCUUAUGGAUCAGGAACCCAGAGAUAGUAGCAGCAGUAAUUCUAUACCAAGUUAUAUGCAAGUGACGGAAUCUGCACGAGCUAAAGCUCUUGCAAAUAGCUCACCAAGAUCGAGCCCAGACGUGCAAGGUAAGGAAGCGUACUUGAAAAAGAGGCACUCAUUGCCUGCUGCUGUGAAUGGCAGGCAUAGUUCGCCUCGUGUCAAGCGGUCCUCGCCUCAGGCACAACAGACAACAAAGGGAAAUGAUAAUCGAGCAGAGAGGAAAUGGCAGAAUUAAUCUAAAGAAUCAUGAUGUUUGAGGUGCUUGUGAGUUGUGUAGCAUGUUUCAGUCCACAAAAUUUGAGUUGUUUGACAGGUAGAGAUGCAUGUAAUCUUUGGAAUUUUCUUCUUGGUAGCACAAGUCCUAGAGAUUCUGCUGCUUUUGGUUAUCGUUUAAUUUUUAUUUUGUUUAAUGAUCUGCUUGUGUAUACGUUUGUAAACGUAGUUGUGUGUCAUUUUUGCUCUGCUCUUCUUUUGGUGCUUAAGAGAAAAAUGUGGAAAUUUAACUUAUAUAUUUGUUGUUCAAGAAAUUUGAGAUGCAAGAGAAAGCCUUUCUUUAUGAUUUCUUAUAAUUUAGAGGGCAUUCUUGCGAAACAGUAGAUAUAUGUGUAUCAUAUUAUUCCUUCAUCUUAAUAUCUAUCAGCUACUACUUUUCUCA